AUGCUUAAAAUUAAAUGUAGCUUUCUCAACUCUGUUGGGAAGAGUGAUAAACUGAAAUACUCAUUUGAAAGGUUAAGUCCUAUGAUGAAAAAAAAUAAUAUGAAUAGUUUUUUAUAUAAUAAACAAGAUGAAUGUCAUAUAAAUAUAACAAGAGAUACAAAUAAAUAUAAAAAGAAUAAGAACAUAAAGAUUAUAUAUAAUAAAUAUUCAGAUAAAUAUAAUAAUAUGCAUAAUAUGUGUAAUAUAUAUAUAAGACAAAAUAAUCUUAAUCAUAAUAGAAAGAAUUUAUUUUGUAUAUAUCGUAAAAAUUUUGCUAUUGGCAUAUUUGAAAGAAAAAAACCUCAUAUGAAUAUAGGUACUAUAGGUCAUGUGGAUCAUGGUAAAACAACUUUAACAGCUGCUAUAACAAAGGUAUGCUCAGAAUUAAAUAGAGGUGUCUUUAAAUCUUAUGAAGAAAUUGAUAAAACUCCUGAAGAACAAAAAAGAGGUAUUACUAUUAAUGCUACACAUGUAGAAUAUGAAACAGAAAAACGACACUAUAGUCAUAUCGAUUGUCCUGGUCAUUUAGAUUAUAUUAAAAAUAUGAUUACUGGGACAUCUCAAAUGGAUGGUUCUAUCCUUGUGGUCUCAGCUUAUGAUGGUUUAAUGCCACAAACAAAAGAACAUGUUUUAUUAUCAAGACAAAUAGGUAUUGAAAAAAUGAUUGUUUAUUUAAAUAAAAUAGAUAUGUGUGAAGAUCAAGAAUUAGUAGAACUAGUUGAAUUAGAAAUAAGAGAAUUAUUAUCAUUCCAUAAAUAUGAUGGAGAUAAUAUUCCAUUUAUUAAAGGAUCUGCUUUAAAAGCUUUAAAUGGAGAUAAAUCAGAAUAUGGUGUUCCUUCUAUUCUUAAAUUAUUAGAUGCAUGCGAUAAUUAUAUUGAAGAACCAAAAAGAAAAAUAGAUCUACCUUUUCUUAUGAGUAUAGAUGAUGUAUUACAAAUAUCAGGAAAAGGAACUGUUGCAACUGGUAGAGUCGAACAAGGCUCACUUAAAUUAAACGAUCAAGUAGAAAUAUUAGGUAUCAAAGAAAAACCUAUAAAAACAGUCAUUACAGGUAUAGAAAUGUUCAGAAAAACAUUAGAUACAGCUCAAGCUGGAGAUCAAAUAGGUAUCAUGUUAAAAAAUGUAAAAAAAAAUGAUAUCACUAGAGGAAUGGUAGUUACAAAAGCAACAAAUAUAAAAACAUUCAAAAAAUUCGAAAGUGAUAUAUAUGUAUUAAAAAAUGAAGAAGGAGGUAGAAAAAAUCCUUUCUCUUCAUAUUAUAGACCACAAGCAUAUAUUAGAACAGCUGAUGUUAAUUGUGCUGUUAUUCUUAAUGAAGAAACACAAGUUGCUAACCCAGGUGAUAGUGUUAAGUGUGUCAUCGAAUUAAUGUAUCCAUUAGCAUUAACAGAUGGAUUGAGAUUUUCUUUAAGAGAAGGAGGAAAAACAGUAGCAUCAGGUGUUAUAACAAAAUUGUUAUGA